AUGAUUCGUCGAGAUUCCGUGUCGUCGUGUACGCCUUAUAGCGCGCUCCGUGUAAGGAAUCCGUUCCAUUCACUAGCCCCAGGCGGAACCUAUUCGUCGAUUACUAGUGCAGGUGACGGUAUUAGCAGCGACAGCAGCAGCAAUGACAGUACCACCAGCAGCAGCACCGCCAGCAGCAACAGCGGCAGCAGCAGCAGCAGCAGCAGCGGAAGCAGCAGCGGCGGGUACAGUCCAUUGGGAAAUAGCGCGGGCGCGGAAGGCGAGGGGACGGCGCAGGUUGUCGCGGAGGCGGGUGAUUCCCCCGCAGCAGCGGAGGGCAGUUUGGGGGAGGAGUUUUCCGCAAUGGCGGAGGGCACAGGGGACGCGCAGGUUGCCGCGGAGGGGGGCGAGGGCGGAACAGUGGAGGUUGGGGGGAGCAGCGGCGGAGGUGGGGGGGCAAAUGCGGAAACGCCAGGGCUGCAGACCCCGCUGGAGCAGCUGUGGCAGCACAUCAAGGAGCUGCCAGACAGCAACCACGCCAUGCCCAUUGUGAGGGCGUGGGAGAGCAACGGGAACACCGUAGACAUGCGCCUGGCCACACAGCUGAUCAAGAAGCUUAAGAACCACCGUCGCCCCAAGCAAGCUGCAGAGGGCCAGGGUUCUGAGUUCUAUUUGGGUGGCUCAAGAACCACUACCGCCCUACGCACGUUGCAGAGGUGCGUGUGGUGGGGGUUCCUGGGGCCCAGGGGUGUUGAGUUGCAGUGUCAGGGUUCAGGGUUCUGUAUGGGUAAGGGCGAUGGAGGGCAGGGUCUAGGCUGUAUGGGCAGAGCUUUUCGGUUUCCUGCUGGUGCUACUGCUUUUGAGGAGUGUAGUUCACCCUGCCCAGAGCUGUUCGUGCAUCAGCCCUUCCCCCGCCUAGAGGUGGACUACAAGCUGGCGCUUUUUGCUGUGAAGUCCUGUGAGUUUGUGGCAGAGUGGUUUGUGCAGCAGCCAGGCUUCCCCCGCCUGGAGGCGGACUACCAGCUCGCGCUCUCUGCUGUCAUUCGCGCCCGCAACGUGGCGGCCGCUCAGGCACUCUUUCUCUCCUUUCCACAGCCGUUUAGAACGGAGAAGGUGGACUGGCUGCGGCAGCAGGGCGUGCCCGAGGGCGUUCCAUCGUUCAACGCGCGGCUGCAGGCGCUGCUGGCCGGCAGAAGGCGAGCAGGCAUGGUGGCGGGCAUUGCUGCGAUCAUGGAUGAGAUGCGGAGCAAGGGCUUCACCCCCAUUACAAUCACAUUCAACAUCAUCCUGGCCGGUCUCGGCAGGGCUGGGCAGCUCAAAGAAAUGGAGUACUACCUCGGGCAGAUGGAAAAUUACAAUCUGAAACCAGAUCUGGCGACAAUGAACGCGCUGAUCUCGGCGUAUGUCACCCAUGGGGAGGCGGAAAAGGCUCUAGAGUGGGAGAGGAGAUUAAAGACCUCGGGAGCUGGUCCUGAUAGAGGCACUUAUGCGGCUAUGCUGAAGGCGUAUGGGCAGAGCGGGCAGGUGGAUAAGCUUGAAACGACUUGGAGUGAUCUGCUGGCGUCGAACGUGCCGUUGACGAGGUAUGGGUGCGAUGGGGAUGGGGGGGCUCUUUCAUUCAAACGUUCUGUCCCUUUUCACCCUUCCCAUCCGCUGCCGCUCCGUCCCUUUUCACCCUUCCCAUCCACUGCCGCUCCGUCCCUUUUCACCCUUCCCAUCCACUGCCGCUCCGUCCCUUUUCACCCUUCCCAUCCGCUGCCGAUCCGUCCCUUUUCACCCUUCCCAUCCACUGCCGCUCCGUCCCUUUUCACCCUUCCCAUCCACUGCCGCUCCGUCCCUUUUCACCCUUCCCAUCCGCUGCCGCUCCGUCCCUUUUCACCCUUCCCAUCCACUGCCGCUCCGUCCCGUUUCUCGCUUCACGCCCGCUCCUCCCACCUUGUGCCGUGCAGGAUGCUGCACAAGGCGCGCAUUGAGGGCUAUGGGCUGGCGGGUGAUGUGGCUAAGGCAGAGCAGGCGUUUCAAGAGCUGAGGCUGCAGCAGGCGCCAGUGACCGAGACCUUCAACUCCCUGGUAUUCGCAUACGCACACAACCACCUCUUUUCCAAGGCCAAGGACACCAUCAUCCAGAUGGACGCAGCCGGCAUGCGCCCCGACGGCAUCACCUUCCUCCACCUCCUCCGCGGCUACCUCUCCGCCAACCAGAUCGAUGACGCAGUUACCACAUUACACGACGCCGUGGCUGCCGGGGCGCACAGGGCGCGCAUGAAGCUGCCGUUUAACGCGUUCGCGGAGGUGCUGGGGGGGUUUGUGGAGGCGGGGGAGGUGGGGAAAGUGCGGGAGCUUGUGGGGCUUGCAAGGACAAUGUACCGUACCGAUUCAAACCUCUUCAACUCGAUUCUCACGGCCAUUGUGAACGACUGGAGGAAGAGGGGGGGCGGAGCAGGAGAGGAGGCGGGAAGCGGGGAGUUUGUGAGUGAGGUGCAAGGGGUGCUGGAGGAAAUGAUUGAUGCAGGAGUGAAGGCCAACGGUGCCACAGAGGAGAUCUUGCACUCGCUGGGACUCAGCUAUUUGAUCGACCAGGUUGGGCUCGUUCGGGCAGUGCAGCAGCAGCAAGGAGCGGGCGGGUAUUGA